AUGGUUCAGCAUUUCGCUGUUUUGUUGAUUCUCUGUAUUUCUGGCGGUUCACUGGGAACAACCACCUCACCUCAGCAACAAAACACUGAAAAGGUAAAGGAUUUAUGUGAGGUAAGAAAUACAUGAAGAUCAAAGCCACAUAUUUUAGUACUUUUAUCAUCGCUAUAUCAUUUUGCAUUCCAAUUUAUUUAAAAGUCCUUUUUCAGCAUGAUCUGACAAUUGCUUAUUUCAUUGUUACCUGCUUAUCCUAUUAAUUAACUAAUUGGGGUCAUGGUAUUUAACGUUCAGUUUUCAGUUUCCAAUUUUCAGGUUUCCUUCGUCUCCACAUUAAACUACAAAUCAUCUUUACUUUCAGCGAACUCUAGUGGGUUUCCCGGGCAUCCCAGGAUCCAAUGGCAUGCCAGGAAUGCCAGGCGUUCCCGGUCCUCAAAGACCCCAGGGAAGGGAUUGUACUAAGGGACAAAUUGGUGAUAAAGGAUCACAAGGAAUGCCGGGUCCAAGAGGAGACAGAGGGCGCGAAGGGCCUACUGGGAAGAGUGGACCCCGAGGAAUCAAGGGAAUAAAAGGUCAAACGGGACUUCUGGGAAUGAAAGGAGAGCAAGGCAUUGUGGGAAAUCCAGGGAGAAAAGGAGACAAAUUAAAGGAGACAGAGGAGAAAGCGCAAAAGCAAAUCAAGCAAGUGUAGUACCACAAACCAACUGGAAACAAUGUGUGUGGAAAUCAACCAGCAGUACUGAUAACGGAAAGAUUAAGGUAAUUAGAAAAAGAAUCAUGACACACUUCUAAGAAAAUUCAUUCUUUUUCAAAUUUAAAAAUUAAAAACUAAAGAUGAACGUCUCCCCUCUCGCCCACCGUUUGCCAACACAUUACAUGAAGAACUAAGUUACAUUUCACUCAUACAGCACUACUGCUAACGGAAAGAUUAAGGUAAUUAGAAUAAGAAUCAUGACACACUCCUAACAAAAUUCAUUCUUUUUUAAAUUAAAAACAUUCAAAGAAGAACGUCUCCCCUCUCACCCACCGUUUGCCACCACAUUACAUGAAGAACUAAGUUACAUUUCCCUCUACUUUGGUUUUUUUUUUUAAAAAAAAAAAAAAAAAAAAUCAUGCGUGAUAAAAUGAUUCCUUGCCAUAUGGAUAAGGACAAAAUAAAUUGAAGCUAUUACAGAGUUUUUAAACAUUAGGAAGUAAUCUUGACUGGAGUUGUUACUAUCAAUCAUUACACACGGUUUUGAGCCUUAUUACAACAUGUUUGAUUUGUUUGAUUUUAUUCCAGGACUGUGCGUUUAACAAACUGCAGUCUAAUUCAGGGCUCAGAGUCUCAUUUCAGGGAAACAUGGCAGUCCAAGGAAGUAGUUCUAAGUGUAACCGAUGGUAUUUCAAGUUCAAUGGAAAUGAAUGCAGUGGACCAAUGACGAUCGAGGCUGCUGCAUGUUUACAACAACUGGCCAUCUGGGACCCCUACUCUGCUGCAUCAUCGGUCAUUUGAGGGUCACUGUGAAAACAUCCCAUUAACAUCCCAUUAACAUCCCAUUCAAAUUAAGCUGAAAUACCACUGCUCUAAGCCAAUCAAAUUGCAGAAAUUUAUCAUGUAGUAGAUUGUUAAUACUAUACUCUAAUAACAGUAUCAAGAUUUUGUAUUAUUAUGUCGGCAUGUUAGUCCUGUUCAUUCACCUUUAUGCAGCAGUUGUUUGUUUUGUCACGCAGGGCUGUUUUAGCUUCUUUGUGUGGGGAGGCAUCUUUCGUGACGACACAGUAAUGGGCCGGCGCGUAGGGAAUUGAACCCCAUGCAGCCGUUUUGCCUUGUCACGCACCACUCCUUCCCAUUGAGCGACAAGACAAAAUAGCGAUUGAUUGGCAAUGCUUUUUGUAGGUGAUAUGUUAUGGAUGCAAAAUAUAUCACUACAGCUUCAGCGGAACCCCUUCUCUCUUUGGUUACCAUGUAUACCAUCGGAUUGUCGUUAAUAUCCUUUAGUCUAUAAAUAUGUAGUCAAAGUAAAGGUCGUGACAUAAUCUUUCAUCUCAGAGAAAAACAAAACUGCUGAAGAGGUAAUCUUCGCCUUCAAAAUAUUUUCGAAAACCUUUGAUUAAUUUGUGAAGUGAAAACGAUUUGAUUAAAUCGUGCUUUAAUUAAAUCUUUAAUCAAAGCAUGAUUUCUUUUGUAGCUAAACACUUUGAGGCAAAACCAUUAUUAAAAACGGAUUACAAUUCGAGGAUUAAAUCGCACCUUGUAAAAUUUAUGUCAGUUAGCUAAGAAGAUGAAUAUGAUUAUAGGAUAACUGAUUAUCUCUAGCCCGCGUGGCAAGCGUCAUCCUCGGAGACACAGGAGCAGUUAGUCGGGUCCAUAAAAUGUCCGUGGCGAAAGUUUACUGUAAGAUCGAGACGAGCUCGUCUCUUACAGUAAACUUUCGCCACGGACAUUUUAUCGACCCGUCUAACUGCCCCUGGGUCUCCGAGGACGGGUAAGCGUUCGAAAGGAAAAAGAAAAGGAAAUUUUGGCGCGAGACCACGCGCGAGGGACAAGAGAGGAGAGGAACGCGUUCCUCUUCCUCCUUCCUCGCGCGCCCUUCGUGCUUUUCACGCGCCCCAAAUCGUCUUUCUCUUCCCUUUGCAACGCCUGCAACGAGUCUAGAUUAUCUCUCAAAGAGUGGAUUAAAAUGGAAUGGUUUCAGUCUUAUAACAUUAACAUUCUUGUCAAACCUUCCUAUUACUUUAAUAACAUCUUCGUUAUAUUUCUUUCAUCUCAGUGCAGUUUGCUUAAGUGUGUCAUUAAAGCUUUUAAUAAAAGACAAUGUCUUACGGUUUACAAAAAUCUUGUUCAUUAUCUUUCCUAACAAGUAAUAUUGAACUCAUUAUGUCCGCUCCUUAACAGAGAAUUUCCCUUACAGUCUCUCAAUAUCGAUCAGCAUCCAAUGCAGCUAUUUGCAGCCUUGCCUGUUCGAGUACGUUUUCAAAUAAAGACGUUCCAGUUCUCGGAGUUUCUCUCUUUAGAAAAUGGGAGGGGGAGGGGGCAUCAAAAUCAUUUUGGUACCAAUAUCACUAGUGCUGUAUGGGUAUACCCGGCAGGGGACACCGUAUGGGAUACCCUUACAGCAAGUUAAAGCAAGAUAAGUUGGAUAGCAAUAUUUUCUACCGUCUUAACCGAAUAAACGUUUUCUCGUUGUUCCAGCCCGGAGUGAACUUGUAAAAGUUUAGAAUAGACUGUUCGAGUGCGUUCAUGAAUCAGAGUCUGCAAGGCCAGGGUUUUUGGAGUAUACACAAGAGAGCCCCUUUAUCCUCUCUUGGUAUACAGUAUAUUGGGGUAUUUAAUUUCAGGUAUACAAUAUAUUUAUGCUUAAAAUUGGGUAUAAAGUACUCACUCAUGACUAAAUUUGGGUAUAAAGUAUACAGUAGUUUUCUUAUUUUUGGUAUUCUAUACGAGUUUUCUUAUAAUUUUUGCAUAAUUGGUCUAUUGGAAGGUUUACUUUGGCUAUUUUGGUAUUCGACUACCUCUAUUUUCGAUAAUCAUCAAGAAUGUAAUUAUACUAAAAUUACAUAAAGACCAUUGCAUGCAAACUACCUUUUACAAUAACAAGAAGGCGUAAAUAUAACCGAAUUUCUUUUGUCAGCCAACCUGAAACUAUAGUUUACGCUAUAACAAGUAAAUUGAACUGUUCUUAAUGAACAGAGGUAAAAGCAGUUUGCCUCGGUGCUCAAUGGCGUCGUCACCUUUCAGACCGAGAGAUAAGUCAAGUCGAAAACAAAACUGAAUCGUUGGCAAAAUUUAAUUUUCCGCUAACAAACAAAACGUUUGGCAGUGCUAUUCCUCUUAAGGAAAGGAAAAGAAGAUGCUGUUUUAUUUGGUUUCGUACGUAGUGAACAGCGGGUAAACAGCUAUCUCCUGAAGAAGGCGGUAACUAAUGGUGGAGAUAAACGGCGACCCAAAAUGAGCGUCAAGGAUAAUUAGCGCUACGCACCGACCCUAAGAUGCAUGGUAGUUAUUUCGUAUGUCAUUUUUUUAUCUCGUGACUGAGAACGUUCGUUAGAUAUGCACUGUUUUGGGAUGGGUGUCAAAAUAGCGUAUCCGUUCGCGAUAUACCAACCAGAGAAGACAACAAACUGGUUUGUCUUUGUUAACUGGUAAUUAGAAUUGAUUUACAGUAACCUGACCCUUUUUAAGAAAAGAGACAUUAUUUAAUGACCCCGACUCAUUUCGCUUCGCAUACAGAAUAUAGCAUUUGAUAAACUAAAAUCAUGGAAUUAAGGUUUUUACAAAGGAAUUACUGAUUUGUAGCAUAAAUGUAGACCUUUUAUAGCCAGCCUUCACACUCUUUUUUUAAAAAAGGCUUCCGGUCCAGCAACCUACACCCUGUUACACCCGGUCUUCUAUUAACUCGUACGUUAUCCUUGAUUGCCUCCAGCUGAUUUAGCACAUAUAAAAAGGACAGUUUUCAACCAUUCAUUAUUAGAAUAUGACCUCAAGGGUAAACAUGAUGAAACGAUCUCACUUCCAGUGAAGGCUAGGCUAAAGAUAAAACUCCAGCUUAUAAGCUCUGGGAUUAUACAUCCUCAUAAGUGGCUUUAGGAGGGCUUAUAAACAGAGGGUCUUAUAUCCAAGGGGGCUUAGCUUAUACACUGAACAGAAAAUGAGCUUUGAAACACGCUAUAGCACUGCUGAUCAAAAUACGUUUUGCAUUUACUGUUUUUAAUUUAAGUUUCAAAACGUCAUAAUAAAUAGAAUUCAUAGGGGAGCUUAUAAUUGGUGCUAGAGGGGUCGUAUAAUGGGGGAGACUUAUAAUCACAUUGUAUUUUUUUGUUACAGAGAGAUAGGUUUAUAACUCGGGGCCUUAUUCUUAUAAGUGGCGGGGAGGGAGGGGGAUAGGCUCAUCAGUUAAUAACAGAUUGAAAUAGAACAAUCCUCUGCUUCGUAAAAGAUGGCCGCCACUUUAUCGUAGCAUAGCGCUGUUGAAUUCCUAGAGACAGCGGUAUAUAACCUUGUAUUAUUAUUAUUUAUUAUUAUUAUUAUCAUUAUUUUUAAUAAUGAAAAACAUUUAUUGACAACAAUGCUAACUAUUAAAAUCGUAUUUACAAUUAAUUCGCUUGAAAAAAAGAAAAAAAACUAUUCAUUGAAAACACUAUUUACAACUCCUGUCGAUUUAAAAAGCACUUAAUUUAGCUUAGACAGAGUUAAUUUAACUAAGAAAAACUUAUUCGAAUUAAAAACAUUUCAUUUCAAUAAAAAAAAAAAAACUGUCAGCCUCUAAAAUCCAAAAGUUUCUUUCAACUGUUUAAAAAAUAAUAAUAAAUUAAUAAAGCAUCCAUAUAGCUGUUGAGUCUAGGGAAGUCCUGCUUGACCCUUCUCUAUUUCUAGAUCCCUGUCCUUAACAUCUAAGUUCCUCCUUCUCGGGGUUUCUCGAUCCCCUUAGGUAUAGGAGGGCGCUCCGCAAAAUUGUAAUCAUUACACAAGGUUGCUCGCGUUAUUACAAUAUGCUUGAUUUGUUUGAUUUUAUUCCAGGACUGUGCGUUUAACAAACUGCAGUCUUAUUCAGCGCUCAGAGUCUCAUUCCACGGCAACACAAGAGUCCAAAGUCAUAAUAAACGUAACCGGUGGUAUUUCAAAUUCAAUGGAAAUGAAUGCAGUGGACCAAUGACGAUUGAGGCGGUUUACAACAACUGGCCAUCUGGGAAGCCUAAUCUGCUGCACCAUCGGUCAUUUGAAGGGUACUGUGAAAACAUCCCACAAGGCGCUGUUAGAGUGGAAUUAUGGGUAGGACAGUGUGGUGGCCAAACCUUGGGUGAUGCUUACACUGGGUGGGGCUCAGUGUCCCGGAUAAUGAUUGAAGAAGUAUCUAGGCCCCAGUCCUAA